CCCACUCCAAGCGGAAGCAAACCGAAACCUCCUCCGAUUUCACUCCGUUCCCCACCGCCGCCGCCGCCGCCGCCGCCGCCGUCCCUUCCCCCCAAAACCCUAGCUUCCCCCUCCUCCGCCCGCCGUGGGAUGGGAUGCCGGCCAAACCCUUCCCACGCCUCCUCCUCCUCCCCCUGAACGCCGCCUGGAUGUCCGCAUGGACGGCUACCGGGCCCUGAUCGCUGCCGGGGCCACCGCCGUCUGCUGCCUCGUCUGCGCCGUCUGGGCCUUCCGCUCCUCCUCCUCCUCCUCAUCCUACUCCUCCAGGAAGCGGCUGUUCCAGGAGCAGCAGCGAGACCUCUCCCUGGGCUGCUGCGGCUGCGCCCGCUGCGGGUGCCUCGCGGCCGUCAACGGCGGCGAGAUGGCCGUGGGCGGGGAGCAGAAGAAGGCCCCGGCGCCGGCGCCCGCCGCCGCGGGGGCCUCCAUGAUGGAGCAGCUCGUGCCCGAGAUCACCACCCACGCGCUCAGCUACCUCGAUUACACCAGCCUCUGCCGCCUCUCCAUGACCAACUCCGCGAUGCGCCGCGCCGCCAACGACGACGGCGCCUGGAAGGCGCUCUACCACAAGGACUUUACAGUGGAGCAACACAACAUAACACCACCGAACGGAUGGAAGGCAUAUUAUGCAGCCACAAAAGCCAUCAUGAACGUGAAUACUGAGUUCUAUAAUAUCAUCAGGGAAGGGUCCUUGCCAGCAAUGAGUCACUUCUGGCUUAAUGCAGAUUAUGUCAAAUGCAUACAUGCAACUGGAGAGCUUUUUACAGGGUACAAUGCAGUGAUGGACAGUUGGGGCUUGCUAUUCAACUGGGGCCAGGAUGGAGGGCAGGGCAUUGGUUUCCAGCUACGCGAUGUCCGAGCUCGUGUACUUGGUGAGGUGGCAUGGGUUAACAUGAAGGCGCAUGUUGAUGUUGACCCUGGUCCGUUCCAUGUGACCAAUGUAUAUGAGUUUCGUAAUGGGAGGUGGUAUAUGGUUCAUCACCAUAGCUCUCUCAUGGCUGACCCUGCUCCACAUAAUCUGUUUGCUUGAAGUUGAGAACAAAGAAUCAUUCGCAGCAAAACUUCAUGGCACAUUUCUAUGUUGCUUGCUUCUUUUGCGGUUUAGACUGGUGAUAGAUUAUGAAACAUAUUUGGGGAGAGCUUUAUUUCGCAGUUUUCUCCGUUUAUUCCUUCAUCCUGAAUCUCCUGGUUGUUGAUAUCCCUUCAGAUUUUGUAUAAAUGUGUCUUAGGAGUAAACUAAAUUGGUUAAUGAAAGAUUGUAGUGCUCGGUGCGGCCCUGACUGAC